AUGACGGUCAAACCCAACGCCAAGGCGAAACCCCACGUACUCUAUGCCGUGCCCCCACGAGAGGGCCACAUGCGGCCGGCCCUCCAGAUCGGCAAGCAUCUCAAGGACCACGGCUUCGACGUCACGAUCCUGGGGACCAAGAAGUGGCGGGCGACGAUUCAAGCAGCCGGCGCGCAUUUCAGCCCGAUCAUCGGGCUUUGGGGCACGCUCGAUGAUCCGGCCCGCUGGCCAGGCAUCGCAGGCGCCCCGGACGCGCCGUCGCGCCUUUCCGCGUCGCUCGACGGCGGCUUCGUCUCGCUGUUGCCGAGCGGCCUGGAGUCCUUGAGGUUCGCUCUCGCGGCCGUUCGCAGGCGACAGCCGGGGUGCCCGGUCGUCGUCCUCUCCGACACGUGCUUCUCGGGGACUUUGGCCCUGAAGCUGGAGGCUGAUCUACCGGAGGGAUACCGCGAGGGAGAGAAGAUCAGGACCAUCGGAAUCGGGGUCGUGCCGACCUUCUGGACCAGCCCUGAAAGGCCGCCCUGGGGAUCGGGAUUGCCCUUUGACGGCAGCGACGGAGGAAGGGAGAGAAACACGACAUCUCUUCGGACGUCUUGGAAUAGUGCCGCCGAGGAGCGGGCGAGGUGGGUUCUGAGCAUGAUGGGUUGUGCCAAAGAGGUUGAAUCGCUGUACGAGGACCUCUCGCCUCAUUCUAUCACCGCCGCCAAACAACACCCAUUCUGGGAUGCGUCGACCGUCUGCCACGAUGCGGUACUCCAGAUGUGCCUCCCGGGCCUCGAAUUUCCCUCGUCGGACUGGCCGCAGAAGAUCAAGUUCGUCGGCACGCUGCCGAUCAAGCCGUUGCCGCCCAACCUCGCAUACCCCAGCUGGUUCGACGACAUCCUCGCCAACAGCACGGCCCUCCGCCCACCGGCCCAGUGCCGGAAGAAGGUUGUGUUCGUAGCGCAGGGCACGGAGGUCCUGGACCACCGCGAGCUCAUCAUCCCGACGAUGAAGGCGCUGGCGGGCCGAGGGGACGUGCUCGUCGUCGCCUGCCUGUGCGUGGCCGGCGCCGUCAUGGACACGAGCGGCUUUGACGACGGCGCGCUGCCCGCCAACGCGCGGGUGGUCGACUACUUCCCCUACGACGCGAUCCUCGCGCACGCCGACGUGUUCGUGUCCAACAGCGGCUACGGGGGCUUCCAGCACGCCGUCUCGAACGGCGUCCCGGUGGUGCAGGCCGGCGACGUGUUCGACAAGCCGGACAUCGGGCGGAGGAUCGAGUGGUGCGGCCUGGGCGUCUACCUGGCAGAGUCUCCGCCGCCCGUGAGCGUCGUCCGCCGCGCGGUCGAAGAGGUGCUCGGUGAUGAGAGGUACAAAAGACGUGCGGAAGAGCUGAGGAGAGAGGCGGGACGGAUGAAUCCUCUACAGAGGAUCGAGGAGGAGAUCAUGUCGAUGUGCAGUUGA